GUCUAAAUUUGGGAAAGAUUCACUCUCGAGAGUAACUCUAAAAAAUUGAUCAAACAACAAAUCAAUCUCAUUCUCCUUCCUUAAAUGAUCUUCAACGAUUCUUGGUUAUAUGAAGAGGUUUACCACAGCACAUGAAUUUCGUGUGAUUUGAGAGAAUGGUGAAAUUGCAUUGCUAAGAGUCAAUGAUUUGGGGAAAAUCUCAGCAAUGUGCAAAGCAAAGACUAAUCAAGUAAAGUAUAAUAUCUCUGAGGAAAGAAGAUAUUGGUCCAGUGUGAAGACUCCAAAAUACUACGAUUACAUCAUAUUCAAAAGCUUAGAAGAGGAUAUCAGCAGAAUAAGGCCAAUGCAAGUAGAUCAGCUUCUUCAAAUUAACAUUAAGUCUACUUCUCUUAUUCUUUAG